GUUGUAUUUUCCAGCCCAUGCGCGUUUCCAGCCCAAGCUGUGGCAAAGCCAGAGCUGUCCAAUGCAAUUUUCAGCCGGAAGAGCUCGAUGGAAGAAGGAGAUAGUCCUCGAGGUGAGAGGAUUACCCAGCACAGUGACGGAGCAACAGCAAGUUCAGCAGAUGAGUGCAGUAUCAAUCCAUCUCAAGCAGGUUCUUUGAAGGCCUCUGGAAAGAAGAAGAACAAAAAAAGCACCAAACUGAUGAAGAAAGGGAAACUCAAAAAGAGGGACACCAACGAGGUGUCUUCGCUGCAGCAAGUAGUUGUCCAACAGGAUAUGUUCGAGCAAGAAACGCCUCCCGAGCAGAGUCUGGCAAAGGAUCUCCAACGCCGAAAUGCAGCGGAUGAAGAUGUGGGCACUAUGCCACGUGAGUCUGCCUCUACUCGGCUCAGUUAUGGAUUCGAUGCAGGUGACCACGACGAUGCUCCGCUCCCAUGUCCAAAUUGUGGACACCAUCGCACAUCCUAUGUACCACACAGAGGGGGCUUGAAGAGGACAAAAGGCACCAGAGAGCGCAGAGUUGGGAUUUCCAACGGUCGUGUGGAUGUCAAAGAAUAUCAGGAAGACGAGGACAUAGAACCCGGGGCCCGGGUCGUCAAGCGGAGAUCCAGCGCUAUGGCCGUUUUGCAAUCAUUAACCAACACCAGUGAAGGAGGAUUCAGCUGCUGCGCCCAUGUCCUGCUUGCCUUGAUUGGCGGCGGCCGUCAGACCCGAACAUCUUGCCAACAAGCUGCCGAGGCUUUCCAAGCUGGAGAUGGCUGCAGUUGCUUUCUUUACCUGACCAUCAUUGUAUUUGGACACUUGUUCAUUUUUCUCCUGCCUCCUGCCUUUAUUUUUUGUGGACUGACAUAUGUGCAUCAGAAAGGGCCACGUGUGGAAGACAUUGAAGAGUUGGUGAAGGUUUCGAGCAAACAACCCUACUGGAUGAUUCUGAUGACAAGUAUUCUUGGAGCAGCGUCAACAGCGUUGAUCAUGGGGCCGCCUGCAUUCAAAGCAGGCAGUACGGGAGCUUGGCAGACCAUGGGUAGAAUUGCCAAGAUUGUAUUCACCCUCUAUCUCCUCUUCAGGACUGUUUACACAUGGGGUGAGGAAUUGGCAGUUCUGAGAACGAUUUUUGACCGGGAGUUUUCAAGGCAUCUUGGCUUGUCCACGGUGGUUCGCACAUUGAUGCUCUCCAUGGUGCAAUCUGCUACCAGCUCCCAAUGGAGCAGGUACGCUGAUCAGCUUGUUUUGAUGCUGGUGUACAACGACUACCUCAAUUUCAGGAAGGCUCAUGAAGAUGGAUUUGUGAAGAACUGGCGCCAAUACAUGGACACUGUUGAGAAAGCUGAGGAGGGCAAUGAGUUAACCAUGGUAGCCUUCAAAUCCAGACCGUACAGCAAGGAGAAAGGUGGAAAAGGAGGCUUUGCACCUUCGAUGCUAGACCCCAGGCGGUUGAUCUUUUUGAUACAAGAGAUGACAAAGAGUAACGGACUAAAAUCCAAUGCUCCGUGGGAGGAUGGGAAAGGGCAGACUGCCUACGGCCGUUGGCGUACAAGAAUCUGGGCAUGCUUUCAUUGGUUAGGCAAGCUGAUCUUCACGAUGUACAUUGCGGUGCUGCUGGUGCGUUGCUGGACCUUUGGAUGGGGUGUUGCCCUUGUGUACUUCCCUCUCUUCACAAUUCUUUACCCAUGGGUGAUUCUCAUUGUGCUGAUGUUUAUGAUUCUCAUGCGAUUAAUUUUGGUGGAGUCUCUGAUGUGGAUUCUGAUCAAGCUGGGCAACCAAGGCUGCUGCGACAGAUUGCUAGCUCUUUUGCGACUGCUGUGUUGCCGUGGUGACAGGGAGGUGGAAGACUUGGAUUCAGAGCUUCAUUUUGAGACGCCAGAUGGCAAUCCAGACACAAUUAAGUUAUACCCCCGGCCCGGGCAUCAUGUUAGUGUCGAUGAUGACCGCAAGCAUUUGCGCACCAUUGCAAAUGCAAUGGCUUCAACAGGCUUUUUGCCUGGGAACUUUGAUCGAGCAUUAUGGCCUCAGCUUCAGUGUUGUGGGAAGCCCAUGCCAAGACUUCCAGGUCUCUUGUACACAAACAUCUCCUCAGAGAAAGGCUCGCAAGAAGAGCUGAGAAGAAACUACGAACAUGAAGUGGCGGUUCUUCAAGCUACUGGCAUCACUCGAGACGGAUGGUGUUACGUGAUCAUCUAUGCAGCCAUUGGCAAAGUGAUGGUGGACUUCAUGGUUGUGGUUCUGACACGCUUCAUGGCUGGAGUUGGCUAUAUGGACUGCGUUGUGCUGACUCUGACAGAUCGCAGCUGGCAGAGGUGGAUGGAGCAGUUCGACUACAUGGACACAAUCAACAGGAUUAAUCGAUGGGUUAAUGCGAUUUGGUGACUUCUUGUGUGCCGCGUUUGCCGAACUUUUCUGAGACACCUCGGCCAAGCCCUGGUGCAACAACUAUUUGAUCUCCUGAUGCUUGACAUCAAGUCGCGAAAUGGCCUUUGUUUGUUCAAAGACGUUUCAUUACCAAC